AUGAGCCUUGUCAAAAAAGCAAUUAUAUUGCAAGGUGAUAAUAAAAAUGAUUAUGAGUUAGAUAUUUUUUUAAAAAGUUAUAUUGAAAAAAAACACUUGAACCUAAAAAAAAAAACACAGAAAGGAGAAUUAAGAAUGACUAAAGAAUAUCAGAUCUUAGCUAUACAAGUUGAUAACAAACUAGUUGCUAUUAAAAAUAUUGCAGAUUCUGCAUAUUAUAUUGAAAAGAAGCUCUAUACAAAACUGUAUCAAAGGAGAACAAGAGAACUAUCAAACAAAGAAAAAAUAAAAAUCAAAUCAAAAA